AUGACGGCCACCGGCAAAACAAUUCACAACAACGCUAAGGUCCUUUCAAACUUACUAGGUCCGGGAAGGCAUAUUAAACGUGCCGACUCUCCGAAGAAGCAUGGUCCUACAACAAGUAAACGAAAGGAAACCAAACACAAACGAGAUCAGUAA